AGAGGCCGCGGCAGCAAAUAAGCUUUACCUCCACGCUGCCUGGCUUACAGUGUAUACACAGCCAGGCAAGAAGGAGCAGCUCAGCAGCUGCGAGGCGCCUUUCACUCUUAGACUCAGUACAGCUGUGGAUACUGUGGGAAGAGCUUAGUGAACAGUUACAGACCAACGAGUGAGGGGAAGAAGUAAGUUCUGAUUCCUGUGUCGCUCUGAGUUUGGAGACUUUUUACUCACUGAGAGGACUUUUCGGAAGGAAGAGGGACGAGAAGUUUGUUUGUUAGGGUUUUUCUAAAAAAAAAAAAAAAAAGAAAACUCUCUAGCUGCGUCUCUUUUUAAAACUUCUUCUAUGUAUACCAAGAUGGAAACUACUUUCUACGACGACUCACUCAACGCUUUCUCCCAGAACGACAACGCGGGCUACGGAUACGGCAACCCCAAAGCGCUGAAGCACAGCAUGACGCUGAACCUGUCCGACCCGACGUGCUCUCUGAAGCCUCACCUGCGCGCCAAAGCCGGCGACCUGCUGACCUCUCCGGACGUGGGGCUGCUGAAGCUGGCCUCCCCGGAGCUGGAGCGGCUCAUCAUCCAGUCCAGCAACGGGCUCAUCACCACCACCCCGACCCCGACCCAGUUCUUGUGCCCCAAGAACGUCACCGACGAGCAGGAGGGCUUCGCGGAGGGGUUCGUCCGAGCCCUGGCCGAGCUCCACCACCAGCAUAUGCCGGCCACGACCAAUGCCUCCGCUCCGCAGGCCAGCGUCAACACGGCGCUGCCGCCCGUCUCAUCCGUCGCCGGUGCCACUGUUUAUAACAACACCCCGGCCAUGCGCUCCGACUCUCCGGUCUACGAGGACUUGAACACGUUCAACCCGGCGAUCAGCACCGUCUCGGCGCCGAGCUACACCACCUCAGCGCCGGCCGUGUCCUUCCCCGCGCCCCCUCCUCAGCUCCCCAUCUACGGCCAGCCGUCCCCGGCUCAGCUGCCGCGGCUCACGGCGCUCAAGGAGGAGCCGCAGACGGUGCCCGAGAUGCCGGGGGAGACCCCUCCCCUCUCCCCGAUCGACAUGGAGAACCAGGAGCGCAUCAAGGCGGAGAGGAAGCGCAUGAGGAACCGCAUCGCAGCCUCCAAGUGCCGGAAGAGGAAGCUGGAGCGGAUCUCCCGGCUGGAGGAUAAGGUGAAGACCCUGAAGUCCCAAAACUCCGAGCUGGCGUCCACCGCCAACAUGCUGCGGGAGCAGGUGGCCCAGCUGAAGCAGAAGGUGAUGAACCACGUCAACAGCGGCUGCCAGCUCAUGUUGACGCAGCAGCUCCAGACCUUCUGAGGCGACCCCAGCAGACAGGAGAGACUGUAGUUUGAAAGAGACGGACGCUUCCUGUGAUGGCGUGUCUCCCCCCAAAAAAACAUCCCAAUGGGAUUUGGGAGGAUACGGAGGCGACACUGACAGGAUCACUUGGGAGGGGGUGGGUGGGGGGCGAUGAACUGCCGCUCACUCCCCUUGUGGCAGUCCUGGAGAUGGGGCUCGGGACAGUGACAGCAGCCAUGAACCAGAGAGGACAUGCACCAACUGAACUAAAGUGAACUGAAAGUUUUCUUGAUUUAUCCACAGCUCUGCAUGGACUUUGCCAUUUCCACAAGGAGAGGUUCAGUAUUAGGACUUGAGAGACUUUUCUUGCUGUAGCCAUAUUUUUGGGCGUGUUGUCAACGCUAAAUAAAGUUGUAACAAAUGCUGCCGACCUCUGAGUUACAGUUCAAAACACCAUUUUCUUAAUUGUAAGAAAUUAAGUUAGAUAAAGCUUCAAGAAUUUCUUGUUGUUUUGUUUUUCUAAAAGUCGUUUAAUGGGGUUUCACUCAUUGCUAUAUGUAUAUAAGAUCAACUUGGAGUACUUAUGUUUACUAUUUGUAAUAAGGAAACUGUAUAAUGUUUGUUUUUGUUUUUUUUAUUGCUUGUCUUCUGAGCACUUCAGAAACUAAUCGAUAUUUAAGGAGAAAAAAAUAAACCAGAUGGAAUGAA